AUGGCGGCCAGCAGGGGCCGGGUUCGCUCCGCCUCCUCCAAGUACAACGGCCUGCUGAGUUUCCAUGGGUUUCCACGAGACCCCGCCCUCAGGCGGCGGUGGCUGCAGAACAUCCGGCGGGAGGAGAUGAAGCUGACCCAACACAGCAAGGUGUGCAGCCUCCACUUCAGCCCGGACCAGCUGCUGCGGCCCAGAGCCGCCGGCGGCAGGCGGGCGGUGAGCAGAGGAGCCGUCCCGGUGCUGUUUCCCUGGAGCCUCCACGGAACCGGGCUGUCGGAACCGGACAGGAAGCCGGACCCGCCCGGAGGACCCAACCUCCCGGAUCACGAUUACUGCUCUGUCCCGGAACCAGCAGACCGGAACCUGGCUGUGCAUGAAAACCAGAAACUAACUGAAGAAAUAAAGAAACAAGCGGAAGAACCGGAAGCCCCAUCCAGGUUCGGGCUGCAGAGGUUCACAGGAUCCGAUGACGACAUCCGGUUCUACACCAGGUUCGCCACUUAUCGUCUCUUCCUGAUGUUCUGGAGGAUCAUUGAACCGUCGGUCCAUCGGAUCCGAACAUCAGGAACCAGAAGCAGCGAAGCAGCAGCAGCUGGAUCCACACACACGAGGGAUUCCUUGCAGCCCAUCGACGAGCUGCUCCUGUUCCAGAUGCACCUGGCUGCAGGUCUGAAGGAGCGAGACCUAGCAAACCGGUUCCAGAUCCACCCUUCCACCGCAAGCCGCAUUAUUUGUUGGUGGGCCGAUUAUUUGUACUUAGUUCUGGGUUCUCUGUGUGUCUGGAUGGAUGCAGACGACAUCCGGGCUCAGCUCCCGAGGACUUCAGAGAUUUUGCAGAUACUCAGCUGAUAGUUGGAAGCUCUGAGCUCAGAUGCCAAACUCCUGCGUCCGCUGUCCUCCAGACUGAGCUUCAGUCUCACUGCGUAAUGAGGGGUCUGACGGGAAUGGCCCCCCACGCGGUGACCUUUGUGUCUUCGCUCUAUGAGGGGUCAGUAAGCGACACGGAGCUGUUGGUCAGGUCGGGCCUGGCCGAUCGUCUGGCGGAGGACCGGGCCGUGAUGGUGGGGGAAGGAUUCCUGAUCUCUGGCUCUGUGAAGUGUAAAGUCUACUGUCCACCUUUUCUCAGCACUGAACCACAGACGGCGUCUCAAAACGCCCGCCUGCUCGUUCACAUUGAGCGGGUAACCCAAAGAGUUACAGAAAACAAACUGUUUGAUUCUGUCAUCCCUUUGUCUCUGGUCGGAAACAUUAAUAAACUUUUUACAGUGGCCUGCCUGCUGGUCAACUACCAGAACAAAGCGCUCUAAAUGAAGAGCGGCGUGUGGUUCUGGAAGAGCAGAGCCUUUCGCUCCUCCUGGUUCAGGAGAAACACGGACAGCCUGCAGGACGGAGACCCAGUGAUCACAAACAUGUUAGAAAUCUGAAUUAAAGUGAGUUUUUUCUU